UUCGAAAAAUCUAGAAGCUGACAAGUGUGAGGAAGAACAUUGAAUGAGCUCUUAUUUUAUGGUGACCAAUGACCCAUUAAUAAUUUUAAAAUUUUUUGUUUUGUUUUCUUCGCUAUCUAAUAUGACAAUUGUCACCUUCUCUCUUGCUCCAUAUAUUAACUGCCCAUUCUCUUCUUCAAUUUCUCUCCGGAUUUUUCGUCGUGUUCAUCAAUUUUCUCAAAUUUUAUCGAUUUGUUUUUGUUUUUCCCUUUCCGUUUCGCCAUUGACGAAGUACUCGUAGAAGAGGGAAAGUUGAAUUUAGGGAUUUUCUGGGUGGCGAUUGAUGUUAUUGUAGUAAUCAGGUGAGAUCGAUCAAUAUAGAGGACGAUUGGGUGUGAAAAUUUUGAAUCGUUUGAUUUUUUUUGUUUUCCCGGGGAACUUUGUGAUGUUAUGGUUUAGAUUCUGAGUGUGAGGAAUCUUGUUAAUUGCGAGGGAAUUGAGGAUGACUGAUAUUGAUCCUUCGCAUCAAAAGACGGAGUCUAUGGAUGGCUCCGGUGCUGACUUUGCUCGUCGUUUUGAGGAUUUCAAUGAAGGUUGCAUCUCAUUUGAGUCUUGCAAUCCAGAUAAUGGUGAUCAAGAGGAUGAACAUUCUCUGAGGAGGAGAAGGAGGUCUGACCUCGAAGGUGAUGACAUAGCUGAAUCCUCUGCUGCGAGAAGGCGCCAGUCCCGGAUCCUGAGCCGCUGGGCAGCAAGGCAGGCUCAGGAGAUGAUUACCACCAUUGAGAGGAGGAACCGUGAGUCUGAACUUAUUGCUAUUGCUGGUUUGCACGCUGUCUCUACGCUUGACUCGUCUUUCCUCAGGGAGGAGACGCACUCUCCUCCUCCUCCUCCUCCUCCCUCGAGGCGUCGGGCUGCUGCUUCUGAGAGGCCUAGAACUCAAGCAUCUGAGAUUUUCCAGAUGUGGAGAGAGUUGGAAGAUGAACACGUGCACAAUACGGCACGUGAGAGGCUGAGGCCGAGGCAAAGAAGUGCUAAUGCAUUUGUGAGUGGAAACAAUGAGAGCCUGAGGGGAUCAAGUGAGAGUGAGAAUGAUUACAGAUCUUCCAGUAGAGAACAGUCUCCAGAUCUUGGCGAUGUUGAGAGUGAGAGGGUGAGACAAAGUGUGCGUGAUUAUGUAUCUAAUGUAAGAAGGAGAGACGAUAACCGUAGAGGAGAGUUGGUUGGUGAUACUGAAAGAGAAAGAGUCAGGGUUAUCAGGGAGCGUAUGCAAAUGACGAGUCAGCAGAGAGGAGCUCGUGCAAGUCGAAGAGAAGAUCAACAACGAUCUCUUGGCUCACAAGAUGACCGAACUCAUGAGAGUCCACAAGCUCAGAGGGUCCGUGAAGGGUUAGCCGUUGAGAAUGAGGAAGGGCAACGGGAGGAUACUCGUAGAGACUUGCGGAGAUUACGAGGAAGGCAUGCAUUUGUUGAUUUGCUCAUGAGGAUUGAACAAGAGCGGCAGCGAGAGCUUCAGGGUUUGUUGGAUCAUCGUGCAGUCUCUGACUUUUCUCAUCGCAACCGGAUUCAGUUGCUACUUAGAAGAAGAUUCUUGCGGAAUGAGCCACGUACAGAUGAAGUUAGAGCUCCAUCAAUGGCAGCAAGUGAACUUCGCCAGCUAAGAGAUAGACAUACAGUUUCUGGUUUGCGGGAAGGAGUCAGUGACAGGCUAGAAAGCAAUACUAAUGUCGAUAACAUCAAUACUUCCAGGAUUAACCGAACAAUAGCUAAUACUACUGAGGAUUCUCAGAGGAUAAAUGAGAGCUUGAGUUCUUCUAGACAGGGGAAUGGUACCCCACUCUUACCUAACGAUUUGGGAAGGUCUGGAAGUAACCGAACAAAUAUAGAUAGAAAUUGGGAAGAAGAGACCAGUCAAGAAAGGGUUUGGCCUGAAGUUUUCAGAACAGACGAGAGGCAAAAUUUGCUGCAAGCAACGUUAAGCCAGUUAAGUGAAAGGGAUAACGGUAACGCAGUUAUAAACGAACAAGAAAACUCAGUUGAUGACCUGCACCAGGAUGGAACUGGGAAUUCAGAUGCAACUGUUCUGAUAGAAGAUCAGAGUGUAUGGCCUGCAGAUAACACUAGACAGUCUGACGGAAAUUGGCCAGAGACACGGUUUGGAGCACUUAGGAGUCGCCGUGUAGUACCUAUGAGAAGAGUAAACAGGCUCCAUUUACCUAAUGACGAUAAUGUUUACAACAUUGAGCUUCGAGAGCUACUAAGCAGGAGAAAUGUUUCUAACCUUCUACGCAGUGGUUUCCGUGAAAAUCUGGAUCAACUGAUACAGUCCUAUGUUGAGAGGAGAGGAGGACUUGCUCACGUUGACUGGGAUUUUCAACCAGCAAUAUCGGAUUCUCAAGGACAUCAUACAGAGCAGCAACGGUUUCUACAGGACGAGGAUCAGCUUGAUGGGAUCAAUCAAACGCUGCCAACUCCACCAGUGCCUCCACCACAGCCAAUAAGUCAUCAUACCAACUACGCUCGUCACUCUCUGCAUCGAUCUGAACUUGGAUGGGAGAUGAUGAACGACUUGAGAGGAGAAAUGGCUAGACUUCAGCAAGGAAUGAGUCAUAUGCAGAGGAAUUUAGAAACUUGUAUGGAUAUGCAGUCUGAGCUGCAGCGUUCGGUUAGGCAAGAGGUCUCUGCGGCUUUAAACCGAUCUCCCGGUGACCAAGGUCUUGGAGCAGGAACAUCCGAGGAUGGGUCGAGAUGGGGUCAUGUAAGGAAUGGGACUUGCUGUGUCUGCUGUGAUACUGACAUAGAUGCCCUCUUGUACAGAUGCGGGCACAUGUGUACUUGCUCAAAUUGCGGUAACGAGCUAGUCAGAACUGGAGGGAAAUGCCCGUUGUGUAGAGCGCCAAUCCUUGAGGUAAUCAGAGCCUACACUGUCGCAUAAGCCCUCUGAGAUUGGAGAACAAGGAAAAACAAACAAAGAUAAUGUGAUUGUAUUGAUGUCUGAGCAAGAACAGAUUGUUUCAGCGAUGUAAACUCUCUGAAAUGGAUCAAACCAAGAACAGCAGACAUAAAUUUAUUCGGUUAACAGUAGCCAGAGGUAUAUUUUUUUAAUUUAUUGAGUGUGAUGUAGCUCUGUAUAAGAAAGAACAAAAGUAGUUGAGAUAAAUUUCACAAAGAUGAUUUGAUAUCAUACGUGUGCAUACAGAUUCACCA